AACUAUGACGUAAUCGUACGAACAAGCUUAUGAUUGGCUGGUUCUCUCUCCCGGCAGUCAACGGUAAACAUGGCGCAGGAACCCUGGAAUAAAAGUAAUAUUCCCUUUCCAAGUGCUGUUUCUUCGAUUCGAAUCCCCUUUACUGGUUCAACGGAUAUCUUAAUUACAUAUCUGCUGGCUGACUGUGAGAAAGUGUUGACCCUGUUAUGUAGCGAAGUUCUGCAGACAGAAAUCCGUGUGCUUUACGAACUACUUUACGUUUUGAACAACAGCUUCAGACAACACAAACCAUUCCGAGCAUUAAAACAGGUUGAACAAUGUGUAAAUCGCUUGAAAGAGAUGAAGUUACAAGCAGCAGUAGAAGAUCUGCAGGAACUGUGUCCAAACAAAUUGCAGAGGGAUGCUGGAGUAGAGGUUGGUGUGUGUGACGUUCCCAGUCAGCCCAUGUUGGAGUGGCUCUGUCUUAAACUACUUGGAGCCUCAAGUCUUUUAGUUCGAACACUGGACCGGUGCUCCCAAGCUUUCAUACGGACACGACAGCACCUGCAGCUGCGUGAGUUCAUUGUGCUGAAUUUGGUGAUGCUUAGCAUGCUCAGUCGUCUCUGGGUAUUCUUCAGAGGUGUUCUGAGAGCCCUCGUCCCCAUGUACAAAAGUGCCACUGAACUCCUCUGGGAGGUGUCACAGUCCAAGCCCAUGGCCUACUUGACCGACUUCACCCUGCCUGGGGACCUGAAAGACUUCCUGUGCCUCACACAUCCUGAUCUACUGAUGGAAGAAGGCACCAAAGACCUUUUAAAGGUCCCAAGAGAAAAGCCCAUAUUUUCUGUCCUUUGCAGGUUAUUUGGGGACAGAGGGCAAGAAGAGGAUAAUGGUGAAGAGGAGAGAGAGAUGGUGCCAAUAUUUUCUGCUGGUCAUGAUGAAGGUUCUAGUCUGGAUCUGGGGGCUGCAGUUUUACAACGACGGACAGAUGACUCACCUUAUGGACUGGACAUGAAGGUUGUGCUUCAACAAUCUUGUAAAACCACCAAACAGCUGUCUCUGGAGCCACAGAUGAAAUUGGGCAUCUCAAGCCAAAUUGCAGUCUGUCAGAAGAGGAAGUUCUUGAAGUCACUGGAGAAGGUGUCCUCAUUCAGAAACAUGGCUGCCCAUCUGAAGGAAGUGAUGCAUUGGUGCCAGAGCUGUAAGUUUCAUCAAGAGCGUAAGCACCUGGCCUUCUUGAGCCUGAAGUGUAUGAGGAUGGAAACUCUGGAAGCUGAAGGCAUCAGGGUGGAAAAGAGAUUGAAGAAGUUUAAGUUAGAAGUUCGCAAGGCAUUGAUGCUUAAGAAGACUUUCCCAACAAAACGUUCCUGUUCCUUCACUCAACGUUGGAGAACUCGAUGGCACCUCAGAGCCUUCAUUGCACGCAACAGAACUGCCAGAUCCAGAUCUGCAUUUUCCAGGAUGUGCUCUAGAACAGUUAAAAACUUGUCUGUGUCAUUGAAACAUGGGAGGAACUGCAGCCAACCACAACAAUUCUCAAAAAAAGUGUCAAGAAACAAUAUGGCAUCUGUAGCUAAGGAAGAAAAAAUAGACUCAAAGGCUGUCUUGCAGAAACCAAAUAUGCCGAAGAAUGAUAUUGAUGAUAUUUUUGAAUUCUUUGGAUUUUAAGUUGUUCAUAGGGUUCGUUGAAUGCAUGAAUGGUUUUAAUUAUUUUUAAAACCUAGGUGCAAGCUAACCUCUGAUCACUGUGAAAAAAUUCUUCCUAUACUGUGUGAUCGAAUUUCAAUUUUCUACAGAAAUAAUAUUUAACAAAUGUUCUUUCCCACUGAAUUCUAUUGUAUGUAAUGUGGAUGUCCAGAGAAACAAAGUGAGAUAAUAAAACUAAGGAAGUUUGAA